AUGCUAGGACUAACCAGGAGACAGGUAGCAACACUAAGCGUCCUGGGGAUUUCAGGUCUGGCGUUUCUGAUCUGUGGCAUUGUCUUCAACGAUAUGGUGGACGUGAUCAUGCAGGAGGAAAUCAAGAAGCAAUUACCUCUUAAAAAUGGCACCAUUGGUUUCAAAAACUGGCAAAAGCCUCCAGUGCCUGUGAAAUUUGGAAUCUAUGUUUUUGACAUUGUUAAUCCGGCUGAGGUUCUUGCAGGCGAGCCGCCUGCUGUGCUUGAAAAAGGACCUUAUGUAUACAGUAUGCACAUUGAGAAAACAGAUAUUAAAUGGCAUGAUAACAACACUGUAGAGUACGUCCAACCACAGAGAUUUGUCUUUAACAGAGAAGAAUCUGUGGGUCCUGACACAGACACAUUUCGGACUGUAAAUAUACUAUAUAUAGCAACAGCGACAAUCCUUCAAGGUAUGCCCCCUUUGGUGCAAGACUUAGUUGAUGCUUACUUGGUCAGUCAGGGGGAAGACACUUUCAUGAUCAGAAGCGUUCAUGACAUCUGGUGGGGGUAUGAAGACCCGGUUCUAGAAGAGGUGGCUAAAAUCUUGGAAAGAUUCAACAAAAGCAGUCCCCUGUUUAAUGGGAAGUUUGGCUUUUUCAUGAAUAGAAACAACACUGGAGACGGCCUCUAUAAUGUCUACUCAGGCUUGAAUGGGCAGUUUGACAAUUAUGUUCGCAUUGACAGAUGGAAUGGAAAGAAAAAUCUGUCGGUGUGGUAUUCAGAAUAUGCAAAUGAAAUUCGAGGAACAGAUGGUUCUAUGCAUCCCCCAUUUGUAAACAAAGAUUCCACAUUAUCUGUGUUUGACGCCUAUCUCCUUAGAUCAUUGAAGCUACAGUACAGCACUGAUUCCUCUUUCAAAAAUGUCAGAACUCUGAGAUUUCUAGUGCCAUAUUCAGAGUUUGCCUCAGCCAAGGAGAAUCCUGACAAUGCCGGCUUCUGCACACCAAAUUGUAUUCCUUCUGGGGCAUAUAACAUGUCAGUGAUUACUUACGAUGCCCCUGUUUAUGUGUCGUUACCUCAUUUUAUUGGAGGAGAUUCAUACUAUCAGUCACUGGUGAAAGGGCUAACACCUACACAGAGUCUACAUCAGCCAUUCUAUGACAUACAGCCACUAACAGGUGUUUCCAUGACAGCAGCCAGAAGAUACCAGAUAAACCUUCGGACUCAGAGCUUUGAUCACUUCCUAAAAUUUCAAAACUUUCCUGUGUCUUAUCUCCCAGUUCUGUGGAUUGAUGGUGUAGCAGAAAUAGAUGAGGAUACAGCUGUAAUGUUUAAAGGAAUGAUUCAAGACCGCCUGGAUACAUUACCUUACAUUCAUGGGGCAAUGUUUGCCAUUGGUGGCUUGUUUCUGCUGAUUAGCAUGGGCCUUUUCAUUUACUGGAAGAAAAAAAAUGUAAAGUUCACAGCCGGUGAACAUAAUGAAGAAGAAAUAAAUAUUCUUCACAUUUUAAGAGUCAGCCAUUUUGUUAAUAAGGCUUUGAUUUGUUUCUAA